GAUGGGGAGUUUACCCGCCCCAAACCCGCCCAUUGCGAUCGAUCCCUAUGCCCAACUAGUCUGGAUAAGGUCGAUCCUAGGUCCGAAAGUAAUUUUAUCUUUCUGAGUUCGUUUGAUUCGUCUCCGACUCUUGUGCAGAAUAAAGUCUAAUCCGAGUAAGACGUUUUCUAUACGUACGAGCCUACGAAGUACUUCAUUAUCAUUAUCCAGUUGGAAUCUGAUUGUACUUUUAGUUGGCAAUAGAAUCUGCAGUACCUUGACAGCAAUGGAGGCCUCAAUCCUCCCAAAUGAUGCUCUCUUUCUCGGCUUUGAUAGUUCAACUCAGUCGAUGAAGGUGACCGUGCUCGAUGCCAAUCUAAAUAUUGUUGCUACAGAGAUGGUUAAUUUUGAUUCUGAAUUACCACAUUACAAAACCAAAGAUGGCAUUUAUCGGGAUACUUCAAUCAACGGGAGAAUAGUUUCACCCACUUUAAUGUGGGUGGAAGCUUUGGAACUUGUCCUAUGCAGACUUGAGAAGUCCAAGUUUGAUUUUGGAAAGGUCUUUGCUCUUUCAGGCAGCGGGCAGCAACAUGGUAGUGUGUAUUGGAAGAACGGGAGUGAUAGAAUAUUGUCAUCAUUACAUCCCAAGACACCAUUGGUUGAGCAGCUUAGUGAAGCUUUUUCCACCAAAGAGUCUCCUAUAUGGAUGGACAGUAGCACAAGUAAGCAGUGCAGGGAAAUCGAGAAAGCUGUUGGAGGUCCAUUGGAAUUGUCUAGAAUAACCGGUUCUCGUGCCUAUGAAAGAUUCACUGGCCCACAAAUAAGGAGGGUAUUUGAGACACAUCCUGAUAUCUAUAAGCGUACAGAAAGAAUCUCCCUUGUUAGCUCUUUCAUGGCGUCCCUGUUUAUUGGAGGUUAUGCUUCUAUUGAUCAUACUGAUGGGGCCGGGAUGAAUCUAAUGGAUAUCAAGCAGAGGGCUUGGUCAAAGCCAGCUCUUGAGGCAACAGCACCAGAUUUGGAGGAAAAGUUGGGGAAAUUAGCCCCUGCAUAUGAUGUUGCAGGUUACAUUGCUCCUUAUUUUGUGGAGAGGUAUCACUUUAACAAGGACUGUUUGGUUAUUAACUGGUCUGGAGAUAAUCCAAACAGCCUGGCAGGUUUGACUCUUAAUACUCCUGGUGAUUUGGCAAUUAGUCUUGGCACAAGUGACACAGUGUUUGGAAUCACCACUGAUCACCAACCCAGCCUGGAAGGGCAUGUCUUUCCCAAUCCUGUGGAUACACAAGGUUACAUGGUCAUGUUAUGCUAUAAGAAUGGUUCACUCACUCGUGAAGAUAUACGGAAUAGGUGUGCAGAAAAAUCUUGGGACAUCUUCAAUAAGCAUCUAGAGCAAACACCACCUCUGAAUGGUGGCAAGUUAGGCUUUUAUUAUAAGGAGCAUGAGAUACUUCCUCCUCUUCCUGUUGGAUAUCACCGCUACAUUCUUAAGAAUUUCUCGGGAGACACUCUAGAAGGUGUAGAAGAAUGUGAAGUGAAAGAGUUUGAUCCUCCUUCUGAGGUUCGGGCAGUUAUUGAGGGACAGUUGCUUUCUAUACGAGCUCAUGCAGAAAGAUUUGGACUCCCUUCUCCUCCAAACAGAAUGAUUGCCACUGGUGGGGCUUCGGCUAAUAGUAACAUUCUGAGCAUGGUAGCUUCCAUUUUUGGUUGUGAUGUUUAUACCGUGCAGCGGCCUGACUCAGCGUCACUUGGGGGUGCUUUAAGGGCUGCUCACGGUUGGCUGUGUCACAAGAAGGGAAGGUUUGUACCCAUCGCGAGCAUGUACGUUGAUAAGAUGGAGAAGACGUCCCUUAACUGUAAACUUGCGGUGAAAGCAAGUGACGAAGCCAUUGGUGCCAAGUAUGGUUUGCUGAUGAAGAAGAGAGUAGAAAUAGAGAAUGGGCUUGUUGAAAAACUUGGCCGUUUGUGAUCUUUCUAGCUUGGUAGUAGGAAUAAUUAUGAUUAGUUUACAUACUGGUAAGAUCGAUAGAGAAUAUACUGUUUGCAUGAUCUCGUUGUUUUACACCGAAUUUUAUGUAGGUGUUCAGUGUUAAUAAAAUAUACUCCAUCCAUUCCAGUUUUCUCG